UAUUAUUUACCUCAUGUUAUCACUCUAGAUCCUGAGCAGUAAAAUUAAUUAUAGACAAUGUUGACAGGAGAUAAAGACUAAAGAGUAAUUUGUUCUUCCCAUGAGUUUAGUUCAUAUUCUGAGUAGUUAUAAUUCGUUUAAAAUGAGUGCCAAAGAUCUAAGUAAUGUGAAAAAGAAGUAUACAAGAGUGCCCCCCGAUGGUGGGUGGGGGUUUUUCAUAGUUGUAGCUGUGGCUAUUAAUAUUUCAACAUCGACAGCUUUCACAUCUAGCUACGAACUGCUGUUAAAAGAAUUGCUCAAGGAAAUCGGGUCGAGUUCCACAAACAUCUCACUGAUGCGAGGUCUGAGCGCAAUUUGCACGGCAACUGCGGGGUUCCUAACAGGUCCAUUGCUGUCCAUCAUACGUUUUCGAAUGUUGUCGCUGGCUUCAGCGAUACUGUUCAAUAUUGGUGUUAUUUGUAUCAUGUUUGUUAAAUCCACGUUCACUUUCCACAUAUGCCAUGGUAUAUUACAAGGACUAGGAUAUGGCCUUAUAUACAAUUUAUCCUGCACUAUACUGGUUGAUUAUUUCUUGAAGAAACGAUUAAUGGCAAUUGGUUUAGUUUACAGUGCAGUUGCAACUAUUUCAAUGAUCGCUCCCCUCUUUGUAAAAUGGUCUUUAGAAAAAUAUGGAUUCCGUAAUACUAUUCUGCUGAUGUCAGCGUUAACCAUGCACAAUUUCAUAGCAGUCGCUCUCAUGCAACCAGUACAGUGGCACUUGAAGAGGGUUGAAGUUUCCGAUAAAAACAAUGAAAAGUUAUUGCAAGACAAAAAACAAAAGGAAGACUUCUGUACCGUGCCAAUUAUCAAAGUGACCAACACAGAUGGCAAUCUUUCCAACCGUAAUAAUGAAAAAUUUUAUAAAACGGGAGAAGAAAAUGGUGGAAUCAAUUUCAGAAAAAUCAAGGACCUCUUAAUAGAUAAGUCACUAUGUGAGAAGUUCCUAAAGUCGUGUGUAUGUGCUGGGCCAGCCCUCGCCUUGUUCGCUGACACAAAGUACUCGAUUAUUUUACCGCAUGCUCUACUCAUUGCUGGGUGGUUGCAAGAAGACGUCACUCUGACUCAACAUCUAUAUGGAUUCGGAGACUUGGCGACACGAGUCCUGUUCACUCUACUAAGUAAUUGGGUGCACAAGUUGGGCAGCCAGGAACUGUACAUCCUCGGAGUUACUUUAGGUUUAGUCUCUCGACUUGGUACACUAUGGUCCAAGAGCUUUAUAGCGAAGAUGGUCUACAUUCCCUUGGUGGGUGCUUCCCACUGUGCUGUGACUAUCCUCAUACCACUGCUGGUGGCUGAUGCUGUGAAACCUGACAAGUUUACAUCAGCUCUGGGUAUGCUGAUGAUGGUGACAGGCCUUGUCAGUGUAGUGUUGGGGCCUGCUAUAAGCGCAGUCCGAGAGCUAUCAGAGAGUUACGGUCCAGUUUUCUACCUCAUAGCGUCCUGUUUAGCCAUUAUAGUCCUGUUCUGGUCAAUAGAACUCUGCUACAAGAGGAACAAGCACAAGAGAUUGCAACGCAGGGAAUAUUUACGACAAAAGAAAUUAUUGAAUAAAUAAACAUAUUUUUUUAUAAAAUUGGUUUUCAUUA